AAAGCCAAAAAAUCGCUGUCAUGAUUCUAAUUGAUAAGGUUUCGGUGUCACAUGGGAGAAAGGUGAAUUGUGCAAAGAGCUGGUUGGUUGGAGCUGAAUGGAUUGUGAGCAAGAAGAUGCAUCAGCUUAUGUCAGGGCAAAGGAGCUUAAGGCUUUUGAUGAGACAAAAACCGGCGUUAAAGGUUUGAUAGAUUCUGGGAUUGUGAAUAUCCCCAAGAUCUUCGUUCGGCCGCCGGAAGAGCUCUCCGACGACUCAAACCGUUCCCAGAUCGACCGCCAAGUUCCAGUCAUCGACUUGGACGGCAUCCAUGGCGACCUGCAUGACGAGAUAGUUGACCAGCUGAAGUCUGCAUCGGAGACUUGGGGUUUCUUUCAAGUCGUGAAUCAUGGGAUCCCCUUGGAAGUUCUGCAAGAAAUGAUUAAAGGGAUUACGAAAUUUCAUGAGGGAGAUGCUGAGAUGAAGAAACUAUUCUACUCGCGUGAUCGAACAAGAAAAGUUAGAUUCAACAGCAACUUCGAUCUGUACCGAUCUAAAGCAGCUAAUUGGAGGGACUCGUUAGGCAUAGCUUCUAUCAAUGAUCUUGACCCUAAAGAAAUACCAGCAGUUUGCAGUAAUUUAUACACACACACACACAUAUAUAUAUAUAUAUGCUCACUCUCUAUAAUAAUUCGUAUACGUGUCUUUAAAGAUUUAAUAAAAAUUAUCUUUUAAAAGUACAAUUUUAAAAUAAUUCUGUUU